AUGGAAGAUUGGGUCUGGCUGCAGUUGGUCCUUGUCAAGGAAACUGAACCAGCACUCAAUUAUCCUGUAUCAAGUAACAACAGCUCUAUCUCAUCCGCCCAGGAUUCCUACGGCUUGGAGGAGUUUGCUCAGAGUGCUUUUGAUGAGCGGCCAAUUUGA